UGUAAUUGCUUCGAAGUAGUCGUGUCAGCUGCAAUAAAUUUGUCAGAAGUGUUUUGUUUUUUUUCUCCAGUGAAUGUGACGAAAUUGUGGGGAGCUCUCUGUUCAGCACAUUCCAAUAAUGCCUGACAUCAAAAUAACACCCCUGGGAGCUGGUCAGGAUGUCGGUCGCAGCUGUAUCCUGCUGUCAAUGGGAGGGAAGAACAUAAUGCUUGAUUGCGGCAUGCAUAUGGGCUACAAUGAUGAACGACGCUUCCCGGAUUUUUCUUACAUUGUUCCUGAAGGUCCAAUCACGAGUCACAUUGACUGCGUGAUUGUCUCCCACUUCCACCUGGAUCACUGUGGAGCCCUGCCGUACAUGUCGGAAAUUGUGGGGUACACAGGGCCUAUCUAUAUGACUCAUCCCACUAAAGCAAUAGCUCCCAUUCUGCUGGAGGAUAUGCGAAAGGUGGCAGUGGAGAGGAAGGGCGAAAGCAAUUUCUUCACGACGCAAAUGAUCAAAGAUUGCAUGAAGAAGGUGAUCGCAGUAACAUUGCAUCAGAGCGUUAUGGUUGACUCGGAGUUAGAGAUCAAGGCCUACUAUGCAGGGCAUGUUCUAGGCGCCGCGAUGUUCUGGAUUCGUGUUGGCAGUCAGAGCGUUGUCUACACGGGUGACUACAACAUGACCCCCGAUCGACAUUUAGGUGCAGCCUGGAUUGAUAAGUGCAAGCCUGACUUGCUUAUCUCUGAAAGCACCUACGCAACUACAAUUCGAGACUCUAAACGUUGCCGAGAACGCGAUUUCCUCAAAAAGGUUCAUGAAUGUGUGGCACGUGGUGGCAAAGUGUUGAUUCCAGUGUUUGCCCUGGGGAGAGCUCAAGAGUUAUGCAUCCUGCUAGAAACUUACUGGGAAAGGAUGAACUUGAAAUAUCCAAUUUACUUUGCCGUUGGAUUGACCGAAAAAGCCAAUAAUUACUAUAAGAUGUUCAUUACGUGGACAAAUCAGAAAAUUCGAAAGACUUUUGUGCAUCGUAAUAUGUUUGACUUCAAGCAUAUUAAGCCAUUUGACAAGGGUUACAUUGAUAAUCCGGGAGCUAUGGUAGUCUUUGCCACCCCAGGAAUGCUUCAUGCAGGCCUUUCACUGCAGAUUUUCAAGAAAUGGGCUCCGCAUGAGAAUAACAUGGUUAUCAUGCCGGGCUAUUGUGUACAGGGAACUGUAGGUCAUAAGAUUCUAGGUGGAGCGAAGAAAGUGGAGUUUGAGAAUAGACAAGUUGUUGAGGUGAAGAUGUCCGUUGAGUACAUGAGUUUUUCUGCCCAUGCUGAUGCUAAGGGGAUAAUGCAGUUGAUCCAAUACUGCGAACCGAAGAAUGUCUUGUUAGUGCACGGAGAAGCAUUGAAGAUGGAGUUCCUCAAGGAAAAGAUCAAGGAAGAGUUCAGCAUUGAAUGUUAUACACCGGCUAAUGGGGAGACCUGUGUAAUAAAUACCCCUGUCAAGAUUCCUGUUGAUGCCUCUCUGAGUCUCCUGAAGGCCGAAGCGAAAAAGUACAAUGCCCAGCCACCUGAUCCUAAACGACGCCGGAUCAUCCAUGGAGUUCUUGUGAUGAAGGACAACAAGAUCUCAUUGAUGAAUGUGGAAGAGGUGUGCAAAGAGGCAGGAAUCAAUCGCCAUGUGAUGAAAUUCACGUCCACCGUUAAGCUUGAAGAUUCCGAUCCGGUGAUAAGGACUACGGAGAAAUUAUAUAAUUUGCUGCAGGAAAAGUUGACUGAUUGGAAUGUUGUGCUGCAGGAGAGUGGAACGAUAUCGGUUGAGAGUGUAGAUGUGUCAAUUGAAGACCUCAAUGAACAGCACAAGAAGGUGUUUGUCUCUUGGACCAAUCAAGAUGAAGAUUUGGGAAGUUACGUACUGGGAUUAUUACAAAAUAUGGGAUAAAUCAACUCUAUUUGAUAUUGUAGCAUUUGCAGGAGAAGUUUGUUUUCAAUAAAGUUGAGUAAAUUCUGUAA